AUGAUUACCCCGUACUUACAACUCACCUCUUACUUGCAAAAGCCAAUGUCGCUCCCGUCAACAUGGAGACAUUUUCAGCUAUUUGAUUUUCUUCCUAUACGAGAUCCACAGUAUCAAUCCGAUGAGCCAUUGUUUUCAGAUCCUCUGCUCUCGGCCAUUUGUAGUACUCAAACGUUUAUAGUGUUUGCAGUCCAGAACAGCGAGAUCGUGAUUUUGAAGAAGUCUCUGCUAGAACUCGUCGGCCGAUUCUUUGCAUACGAUCUUGAUCACCGAAUUUCGUUUCUCAAAUCCUUGCCGCACUCCAAUUUGUUGAUCACCUUGGCCGAAAAACAAGGCUCUCCAGCACACUUGAAGGUUUGGGAUUUAAAUAAGAUCGUGGCGCUAAUUGCACCUGGAGCUGCACCCGAAGAUGCGCUCAAACACAAGUACGUCACCACAGUCCAGAUAAACGAUGGUGCAAAUGCAUUCCCUAUCAGUUGUUUUACUUUCAACGAGUCUCUCACCUGUAUAGCUGUGGGUUACACGAGCGGAAAGGUAGUGCUUAUUCGAGGCGAUUUACUUCGAGAUCGUGGUCUGAAACAACGUAUUAUCUAUGAAAGUGCCGAUCCCAUCACAGGUGUGCUUUACAAUCGUUUCGAACAAAUUCUCUACGUCACUACCACGUCUAAAGUAAUAACAUUAUUGAUAACGGGAAGAAACCAGGGAAAACCACAUCGGGUCCUCUCCAGCAAGACUGGUGUUGAUUUGAAUUGUGCGGACAUCGAACCGCGCUCUGCCAAAUUAAUUGCUGCAGACCUGGAAGGUUUCCGCUUCUACAACCAUGUCAGCAAAGCCCAUACAAUCAAUUUCAGCAUUCCAAAACGAAAAAUUCUUCGCUUGUUUCGGGACUAUCUACUUGUGGUAUCACCUUUUGAAGAUUUAACGUCCUCGGGCUCGCAAAAGAACACAUUGACAAGAAUUCUUGUCCUUGACAUGCACAACAUGCAAAUUUCCUUCAAUCUAACAGUCCCAAAACUGACCAUUUCGCAUGUUUUUUUCUCUUCUUCUGAGAGUGAGGCAUAUUUACUUUCCACCGAUGGCAUUCUUUAUAAACUCCAUGAGAAACCUAUCAAUCAACAAAUUGAGAUUGUCUUGCAAAGGGGCCUCUUCCCAAUUGCUCUCUCAAUGGCCAAGCAGCACAAUUUGAACAACGAGACUCUUUACAGAAUCAAUCUCCUCAACGCUGAAACACUUUACGAGAAGCAAGACUUUGAUGGUGCUAUUGAGAAGUACAUUGAUUGUCUUCCUUUGCUCCAGCUGAUGAAAUCCACUUCUUCAGGUGUUCCCGACACACUUGAUACGCUGGAAAAUUUGGACGACUUCAUAAUUAAUGUCAUUACAAAUUUUAAGGAGGUAUCCAACAUUCACAACAUGACUAAGUUUCUCGCGAAACUCUACGAAUAUCGCUUAUCGGAUAGUGAUCAUAUUACCCUUUUGCUUUGCUGCUAUUGCAAAUUGAAAAUGACAGACGAACUUGACAAUUUCAUAGCGGGCAUUGACCUUUUCGAUGACCUGGUAGUCGCUUCGAACAAGCUCGACCUAAGCAAGCUCAAAUUUUCACUCAUUAUCAAUUUGUUUAAGGAAUGUGGCUACUACUCACAGGUCACAAAGCUUCUUUACAAACUAAAUCAUCCUCACCUCAUUGUUGAAAUUCAGCUUGAGGAUCUUAAACAAUAUGAUAAUUGUAUUUCAUAUAUGAGAUCACUCCCAGUGAACGAACUUCUCAGAAUACUAAUUGACUAUCUGAAGGAUUUACUUGAUUGCAUGCCGAUUGAGACCACACAAUUGUUGAUAGACAUUUUCACUGGUAAUUACGUCCCAAAUCCAACUCACCUGUUGUUCGAUACAUCAUCUCCACUGGAUGAAGAUAGAAAGAGUGAGCUGUUACCAGAUUCUGCACCCAACGUCUCAUCAUAUAGUGCAUUUCUCAGCUACUUGGCUGGUCCAUUAAAGCAUAGCACAGAGGAAGAGCCACCUAGCGAAGAAGUCAUCCCGGUCGAUCCAACAUAUCUUCCACCCAGACCAAGUCUCGUUUUCCCUUGUUUCAUUAACCACACAAAAGAAUUCAUUGUAUUUCUUGAAGCAUGCCUUGAGAGUUUCGAAAAGUAUCAAGGCAACAAUUCUCAAAAAACAGAAAUUCUCAUGACACUUUUGGAACUCUAUCUAUCAAUGUCGAGCAAAGACUCAGAAGAUGCUACCACUUGGACUUCGAAUGCAGCAAAACUCAUUGAAGAGCACAAAGAGCUUUUAGAUAAGUCUGGAGUGCUUCUAUUAGGACACAUCUAUCAGUUUGAAGCUGACAUGUACCUUUUGAAAGGAUCAGAAGCAGAAUAUGAGGAUUCAAUUUUCCGGUCAGCCCAAGCGCAAAAUAAUGUACCAGAGGCCCUAGAAAUCGUACGGAAGCAUGGUGAAGCAAACAUUCAUUUAUAUAAGCUCAUGUUGAAACUCAUUCUUUCUAGCGAGGAGAACUUCAACUCCAUCUCGCAAAAGAGCAAGCAAUGGCUUUUCAGAAACAUAGUCAAAAAUGACAUUGCAAGUCCUUUGGAGCUUGUUACACAACUUAGUGCGUACGAAAGCGCCUCUGUUGGCCUCAUCAAAGAUCUUCUUAUAGAAGAUGUGGGAAAAAUCACUCGCGAUAUCAGCAAUAAUUUAAACUUAGCCGAGUCGUAUGAAAACGAAUCAACAAAGAAUAGCUCGAAAUUGACAGAGCUUACAACGAAGCCAGUGAUCCUCCAGAAUACAAAAUGUUCAAACUGUGAGUUGAAACUUGACUUCCCAGCCAUUCACUUCAAGUGUAUGCACUCGUAUCAUGGGCGUUGUCUAGAUGAAAACACAUACAUACCAGGUUCUACAGAGGACGAAAAACACCGAUGUCCAUUGUGUGUGAAUGAAGUUGCUGCUGCAAAUUCAGGUAGAGAAAAGCAACUUCGGUCCGCAAACGACUACGACACUUUCAUGAAACAACUUAAUGAAUCGUCUGACAGAUUCAAAGUAAUCUCUGAGUAUUUUGGUAAAGGCAUAAUGGAAGCAAGCGUUCCUGCACAUACAUAA